CCUCUGGCAACCACGAUUGCGCCUGCACUUGUCUCGAGCCUGCACUUCGCCCCAUCGUGGCGCGGCACGGACUUCGCCUACAGCAUGAUGCAUUGCGAACGUUGAUCACAAACUGGAACUCAAUUAAGGGGAAAGCUUCGUUUAAUUUAUGAUAAACAGGAGUACGCGCAUGCAAGACGGCCUCUCAGACCAACCUGAGCAGCCCUAGAGCUCGUGAGGCACGCGCAUUUACAUUGCAGUGGCCUAGGGCACUUUGGUCUUACCUAGGAAAUGUCCAAACAGUAGACUAGCAUUGCCGGGAGAAAAUGGAAAUCGAUUCGGAACCCGAUACGCAAGUCCUCUACGUGGGCGGCCUGAGCCCGGACACCACGUCGGAUGAUCUGAGAAAAGCAUUUAAUGGGGUGCCGCUGCUCGGCUUGUCCGUAAUCACGCUGCCGAACACAUCGCCAGGCCCGCCUGCGUGUAUCGGACAUGCGUAUGUGACGGUGGCUAUGGAGCACGCGCAGCAGGCGUCAGGGGUGGAGCAGGUGGGCCGCAACCACGUGUGUGUUUUCCCGGUGGACAUCGCCGCGUGGAGUGCGGAGGGUGCGGAGGGGGAGGCGGAUGACACGGCGGCGGCAGCAGCAGCAGCAGCAGCGGCAGUAGCAGGGGGCCAGCCCAUUGACGCAAUGGAGGCCGUGACCGCCGCGCAAGCAGAAGCGGAAUCCUGGAAGGCGACAGCUGCGGCCGGCAGCAACGGGGGGGUGGAAAUGGGGACGGCGCCGCCGCCGCCGCCGCCGCAGCAGCAGCAGCAGCAGCAGCAGCAGCAGCAGCAGCAGCCGCAGCCGCAACAGCAGGACGUGCCUGUACCGCUGCCGCCACCGGGCACUUCCGCUCAAACAGCGGCAGAGCCGCCGGCAGCAGCAGCGGGAGGGGGAGCGGGAGCGGGGGCGCCAACGGCAGCGGCACUGGGCCUGCCGCCCGUGGCGCCUAGCAACGCCUACCUCCACCAGGCGAUUGAGGCGCUGCGGUCUGAGAUCCUUGGCGGCGGCGGGCGGGUGGGCUACAACGGCAAACGACUGGCGGUGGUCCUCAACGAGUGCUGCCUCAAACUCAAGCUGGUGCCGCAGCCUGUGGAGGGUCCCGGACCCGCGGGCGGCGCCCCCUUCCAGUGUGUGCUGCAUCUGCUGGAGGGCGGCACGACCGUGGUGACAGGCGUCGGCGGCGGCGCCAACAAGAAGGACGCCAAGCACGCCGCCAGCGAGUCCGCCCUCAACGGACUGCUGCAGAGCGGCAGGGUGUCGCAACACGACGUCGUCGCAUCCCUCCGCCAGGUGCAGUCCCACUUGGUGCUGCCGCCCGCCGCCGCCGCGCCGCCAGCACUGGCGCCGCCGCCGCCAGGCUCCGCCGUACCCAUGGCGGCGCCGCCAGCCGCCGCGGGGCCCGCGGUGGCGCCGUACGUGUCGUACGCGCCUGUGCCGCCGCCCACCGCCGCCCCCGGGGCGCGGCCCACGGCGGCCAUGACCUCCACUGAGGCCCUGAUGCGGCUGGGGCUGUACCCGCGGGCCAUGGCCACCAUGACCGCCGUACACGCCAUCGGCACCGAGUCAGCUCGCAGCAAGACACCGCUCAUGCUGGUUAACGAGUUCGCCAGCAAGCGCAGGCUCAACUUGCAAUGGCCCGACCUUUACGCUUCGGCCAGCAGCAUCGGGCCCUUCAAGUUCACGGCCGCCCUCGUGGACGUGACGGGUGGCGUCAUGGCGAGCGCCCCUGGCCCCGAGCUGCCCGCCAAGCAGGAGGCCCGGCACGCGGCGGCGGCGGCCGUGAUGGAGCAGCUGCUGGCGAGCGGGCAGGCGGUGCCGGCGGACUUCAUGCCCAGGUAGAGUAGUAGAUGUGCGCUGGAGGCGGCUGGGCUAGCGGGCUGCGGCUGGUGGUGGCGGAGGUGGUGGCGCAGGUAGUGGCGGAAGUAGUGGCGGAGGUAGUGGCGGAUACAGGAGGUAGAUGCGGGCUGGAGGUGGCUGGCUGUGCAGGCUGGGCUGGCGGCGGACUCGAUGCCAGAGCAGGUGGAGGUAGAGCAGGUGGAGGCAGGUGGAGGUACGGUAGUUGGCUGGC